CCAAUAUGUUACAAAUAAGGAGUAUCGUUCAUAAAAGCAACAACCAAAUGAUGUUUGGAUAAUUUGGUAAAAAGAAAUUGACUUGAAGAUGAAUAAAAACGUUUGUGAAUAGAAAUUAGAAUUAUCACGUUUUUCCCAUUAAUAGAAGUAACUAGGGACAACUACCAAAUAAGUCCUCGGACAUUCAUAAAAAGUGUAAAUAAACCCUUUUACAAGAGGCUCUGUCCAGACUUCACCAUUUGGGGCGGUUUCCGGUGGAUUUUUUAAUGAAUUUUUUUGAGUAUCUUUUUCAUUAAGCCUAGUUUACUCUCGUACCAAAAUUCAGCUAAAAAUUCAAUCAGGAAGAUAGUCAAAUGAAUUUUUGAAGAUAACUGCGCAGUUAGACAGUGCAGCAUAUUUCAGAAAAUCAUUUUGACAGUGCAGUAAUUUUGAAUAGCUUCGGCUCACCUCUGCUAUUCAAUUCUUCCGUCUGUGGACAGUUCGAAGUCGGGUCCUCCUCCGCACAGCCGCAUCACUCUCUACCUAGACUCGGUAAUUCGCCAUCUUGUCUCUCUACUAUGGCAUCUCAGUUGACAUUCUCCACCCCGAAUGUCACGAAUAUUGUCACUACUCGGUUAGCUUGGGUUGAGGAUUAUUUACCAUGGAAAACACAAUUUGAAUCUUUUUUGGUCUCUCAUAGUUUGUUGGGUGUGUUGGAUGGUACUAUUCUCAUUCCUUCUCCGUUUAUUUUGGGUGCUUCUCGUAGGGAGAUUGUUAACACGGAUUAUCAACAUUGGUUGAAAAUAGACCAAAUUGUUCGUUCAUGGCUAUUUGCUACACUUUCUCGAGAUAUUUUGAUUGACGUGCAUGGACUUAAAUUCUCUUAUCAAAUUUGGGAUCGCCUUAGAAAUAAGUUUAUGUGUGCAAGUAUUGCACGGUCUAUGGAAAUCAAACGCCAACUUUCUACAAUAAAGAAAAAGGACGGCCAAACCAUGGACCAAUAUCUUCAUGAAAUUAACGUUGCAGCGGACUCCUCGACACUAAUCAAUUCUCCGGUUAGUGACAAGGAUCUCAUAGAGUAUGCUCUUUUUUGUCUUGGUCCGGAAUUUGAAUCCAUGCUCGACGGGUUGGCAUAUAUUCCUCCUACGUUUACAUAUGAUCAUUUGGGGCCCAUUCUAGUUCUCCAGGAGCAUAUGUUGCAGUAUAUGCAUGGGAUGGAUGCCUCCUCAUCGCAGCACCAGGCCUUCGUUGCUAUUGGGCAGUCCUCUUCGAUUUCACAAACUCGCCUGCAGCAGCAAUUCAAUGGCCGAGGGGGUGCACCAUCCAGGGGAAGUCACGGUGCUGGUCGCGGUCAGCGCUCACAGCGGGGUCACCGGGGCCGUGACAGAGGGUAUGGCUACCCCGAUACCCCUGGGCAGCAGCCCUAUCCACGCGGCUAUGAUUACCGAUAUGCGGGACAUCAUGCAUCUUUCACUCCGGGAGUACCCGAUGCAGGCAUGGGUAAUAUUCCUCGGGUAAAUUCUUGUGUGUCUCCAUACUAUACUCGUAUUCAUACUAAACGUGCAGGUUUCCUAUCAGUUGAUCAUACUUAUGCCUCCCCCAGCCCGCUGUUGUUUGUCAAUUAGGUUUCACACCGGGUCACUCUGCCAUAACCUGUUCCAAUUUCACCUCUGGAUCUACUCCCUUAGCUGCUUUACCAACCGGUGAGACCAAUGAAGCCACAUGGUACCCAGAUUUUGGUGCAUCCGCUCAUAUGACGCCAAAUGAAGGACAAUCAAAUGUGGGCAACUCUACUCCACGCUUCCAGUAAGGAUAGGACUUAUCCCUUCACGGUCUCAUCUUCACCUCUAACCCUUUUUACUUCCUCUGCACCUGGUCCAGUAUGGCACAAACGCUUAGGUCACUGUGGUGAUAGCAUAUUGUCUACUCAUCGGCGCACUCAUUCUAUAUUUUCCUCUAGUAAUUUUCAUCAUUUAUGUACUUCUUGUUGACUGGGCAAAUCUCAUCGUUUACCUUUUCAAGACGUUUUACAUACUGUUACUGC